CAGCGGCUGUCAGAUUUGUGCUUUGUGCUUUGUGCUUAGAACCAAAAAAAACCCCGACGAACGUAAGCAAGGGAAAAAGAAAAGCAGAUAGCCAGAGCUAGGGGUUUCUCAAUUCCAGGCCUAGCUCUUUCUUUUUCUUUCAAUUAAUUCCUCUUAUUUUCCUCUUGCAAUAGGUAAAUUUUUGUUACAGCUUUUGCUGAGGAGAUUGAAUGGCGGACGGUUACUGGAGUCGGCGACAGGCAACUCCUCCGAUGUUGUCUUCCGGUGGGGUGCUUAAACGACCUCGUCAUGAUUACGAUGCCCCACCUUCUGGGCUGCAUGCAGCUCAUGAGAUGCAUAACUAUUUAGCAAGAGAUGAUGAUCGAGGUGGACAUCUGUCUCUGAAGGACACAAAAACAAUUGGAUCGGCAUAUGAUCGCUAUCUUCAGAGCACGCAACUUUCUUCUUUUACUUCUGGAGAAGCUAGUACAUUUGGUGGGAUGGGAAGGGCUGUUGGUGGCGCAAUGUCUGCUCGUCCUGUUGCCGAUCCUCCUUUGAUGGGUCGUUCUGGAUCUGCUGCUCUAGAUCUGGCACCAAAUGGUCGAAAUGUUGGUUAUAGUGGUCAACUUCUAGUGGAUGGAAUGACUAGGCCAGGCCAGGAUACCAUACCUCUACCUCCAGAUGCUUCCAAUACUCUAUAUGUUGAGGGACUUCCUCCAGACAGCACGAAGAGGGAAGUAGCCCCUUUAGAUAUCUUUCGUCCUUUUGUGGGAUAUAAAGAAGUACGACUUGUGAGCAAAGAAUCUCGACAUCGUGGUGGAGAUCCUAUUAUCCUUUGUUUUGUUGAUUUUUCGAAUCCCGCCUGUGCAGCAACUGCAAUGAGUGCCUUGCAAGGCAGAAAAUAUGUAUGCUAGAUUUUCCUCCGAAAGGAAUGCUAUCAGUUAUAAAAUGGAUGAACAUGAUCCUGAUUCUAACUACUUGAGGCUGCAGUUUUCUCGGUACCCAGGCCCUAGGUCAAGUUCUGGAGCUCGUGGAAGGAGGUGAAUGUCACAUUCUGGAGACAACUACGCUGUCUUCAUAUCCAUGUUUAAGCCAAUUCUUAUGGCUCACAUCUUUUCUAUAUAUGGCAGGGUUUUGAGGAGUGGGCAUUUUAAUUAAAUAGGAUGUUAAAAACCUGCAAUUUAAAUUGCUUGAUCCCACUAACUAUUAGCACUAGAGAUGCACAAAAGUUUAGGAGAGUGAAUAUCAAGCAAUCCUUGAAUUGCUUGCACAUUUCAUGAAGCUGUGUUGUACAAUAACUUCUAGAUGAAAGAGCUCCUUUUUGUGGUAGAGUCAUGGUAGUACUUGCAUUUAAUGUUUCAAAUAUGGGAAUUACCAUUUUUGCACUUUUAAAGCUUGGAUAUUGAUUAGUCUAGGCCAGAGCUAUUCUGUCUUAUAUUCAGCUGAUUAUAUGGCUGUAUGCCAUGUUCAUCACCAUAUAUGGCUUGGUGUAGCUAAUGGAUUUGUAUGAGUAAUGUUUAUUAUUGUGGAAGUUAAUUCUUU